AUGGGUUUGAGAACAGUAAAGUUUAUUACGGGCCUCGUAGACUUUAUGCCGGCCCAGGAGGAGGACCCCCCCCCUCCCAUUUUCUCUUCUCUCCUCUCCUCCCCUCUCUUCUUCUUCUUUCUUUCUCCGGUGACCGGCCGGAGACCUCCCAAGCGGCUCCCCACCCGGCCGGUGACCCUCCGACGACGGCCAGACCACCAGAAACGGCGGCAAGAGAGGGAGAAGAGAGAGAAAACGCGUGCACAGUGGGCGGCUGCUUUCCGGCGUGAUUCCGGCUUCAUCCGACGUCCGAUUGAGGCGAUUCAGGUGGCGUUGGAAAGCUUGUUCCGAGAGCUUUCUUUUGAUACCAAUUUUGCAGCAAAUGGAGGUCGGAUGAGUGAGAUAUGGAGGAGAGAAGUUUCGGGUUUUUCAAGCUUUUUCAUCAGAUCUAGGACGAUCCGACCGUUGGAUCGACGAUCCGAGAACACCUAUGGACUGAGGAAGGGGGGAGGAACAUGGUGGUAUGAUCAGAUCCGGCAAAUGUCGCCGGCGACCGGCGGCCGGCCACCGUGCGCGGUGGUUCCGGCGGUGGCUCCGGUGGGCUAUGGAGAUGAUUCAACUUCCAGAGGCUUCCUCAUAAAUUUUUGGAAUUUUUGAGACACAGAUAAACUUCGGGUGAUCGAGGUCAGCUAUUUUUCUGCAUCCAGCAGCCACAAUAGUCAUCGGUGUACUGUGAGUAAAAUAUUAAUUUUAAUUGUAAUUUCGAUAUUAUUAUAUGUUCAAGCAUGCCCAUGCAUCACAUAUAUGUAUAUAUC